UUUCCUUUCGUUUAUCUGGCACGAUGAUAUCCGCGUCUUCUGGACGCUUGGCGAAUUCAGGGCAUGGGAGGCAAGCACAUGGAACGUCCUUUAUGAACAUAAUGGAUCUGAAGGAGCAUAUAUCUUUACAACUGCAACCAGGAGCAGGGCGCAAAGGCAGCGCAUACGAACAAACACAACAGAGAAACCUUGGCUUGGGAUUAUCCGAUAACGGCUUUCACUCGCGGACGACCAAACCGACGAAGUCGAAUGGCUUGCCAGGUUCCUGAACACCCUCGCUAUGCUUAAGAAGCCAUACUUGGCAACCCACACGAAUAAGAUUUGGGAUCUUGAAUUUCACACAUUCCUUGGAACCGCUCUCGAACCUCCUCCGUCCGUCCCUUCGUUAAACACACGCGCACGCACCGAGAACAUCAAAACCUUCGUAUCAUCGGUCGAUCGUCGAGUUUUAGUUUACAAGCAAACAAAAUGGAGCUAUACAGACAAGCACACACACCCGGUUGUUUAACCAGCCGGAUGGGUCUAGUUGCAAACUUAUCAAAAUCGAACACCUUAAUAAACACAAAUGUGUUCU